AUGUCUCGCUAUGCUCCUGAAAUGGUUGCGCACAUGAGGAGUAGAAUGAGCUUGUUUGUUGCUGUAUUGUCUCGUAUAUCGAGUAAGUGUCGUGAGGGCCAGACAGGUUGCUUCAAGUGUGGACAAGAGGGCCAUUUCUUGAAAGAAUACCCAAAGAACAGGCAAGGUAGUGGAAAUCAGAGCAAUAGAGCCCAAUCUUCACCAGUUGCUCCCCUAGAGAGAGCUGCACCUAGAGGAGCUACUUCAAGUAUGGGCGGAGGAACAAACCGUCUCUAUGCAAUCACCAGUCGUCAAGAGCAAAAGAACUCUCCAGAUAUUGUUACUGAGCCAAGGCAGAGGAAAGGGGGUAAGAACAAUAGGUCUCAGUCUAUUGCUCCAACAGCACUAAAAGGUCAGCCAACUCAAUAUGUUGCUUCUUCUGGUACAGGUGGGGGUCAGUGCCAGAACAGGUUGUUUGCUCACCAGGACCAGGCAGAUUCUCCUGAUUUGGUCACUGAUGGUCAUCAAGAUAUUGAGACCAAUCCAGAGAGAGAAUCUAAAUUGAUGCAGAAGAUACAAACCUGCAUUAGGAAACUCGAGAGCUCUUCCUUCUGGUUGACAUUUUUGGAUCAGUUACAAACCCCUGAAAUAGUUGAUAGGUUUCUAAAAGUUAUGGGCUCAGAAGGAAAGAUGCAGAUGGUAAUAUAUGGAAUUGGUAGCAUAGAAUCGUAUGAGCCUCCUAGAUUACAGCUUAGUCUUGCAAUCUUAAUGAAAAGAAUGUUUAGUUGGAUUGGGGAGGUAGAGGUAUUUGAUCCAUUGAUCUCUCUGGCAGAAUCUAGGGUGCUGACAUCUCUCGGUUGUUCUGUCCUAACAGUUAAUGAACAGGGUCGAUGAUAAGAUUUAAGACCUACGAUGUUCUUCAUGCCACAUUGUUAUGUUGAACUAUAUGAGAAUCUUCUAGAGGCAAAUUGGAGGCAUGAUCUAUUGAGUAAUAUGACACUGUUUGGAAACAGUUUUGAGGCGUAUGAGCAACACGUGUCAGAGUGCAAAAACCUUAGACUUGCUGAUUCUAGGAAGAAUAUCCUAGCAAUCAGGCAGUUUGUAAAAGAGCUUCCCAUUGAUUCUAGGAAGCAUAUCGUAGCAAUCAGGCAGUUUGUAAAAGAGCGUUCCAUUGAUCCUUUUUCAGUUGAUCUAUUUCGUGCCUUCCAUGGUUCAAGUUGACAUUUUUUUCGACAUUGAUCCUCAUUUAGAUUUAUGUGAUGCUAAACCAUGAACUCUUGUUUUCUGGAUUGUACUCUUCAUUGGAACU